GUCAACGGCGACGACGGCGACAAACAUGGCGCGCGGGAUAUGCGAUAGCAGUCCUGUCGACCUGACCUCGACCUGCGCUCGCGAAACAUGGGCUGCCUUCGUGCCCACCGCGUUCAUCCUGGUCGUAUGCCUGACGGCUACCCCGCUCCCCAUCACGAUUCGACGCAUCCUGCUCGCCAUUAAACGGCCUUUCCGAGCCUUUCUCACCUUAGACGAAGCCGAAGCCUUGCACUCCGAUGCACUGCAAGAGGAGCUCGGGAAGCACUCUCUUUCUGGACCUCUGUGGCGCACCGUAGUCCUCUCGCUAAUCGCUCUCGCGGAAACACUGUCAUGGCUCGUUGUGGGUUCUUAUCGCUUCGCUACCCAGCCGGAGGAACUGUGGGACGAUCUGCGGCCGUUUGCCGUUGCUGUAUCCUGGUUGUACGCGACCUGCCGUCCAGUAGCGAGCCCAAGCGCGACUCCGCCGUAUGACUUGUUCAUUCUGUACAUUCUUCGCACAGCCUUCGACAUCCUGACCUUUGGUGGCGAGUUGUACAACCGAGCAGUGAAUGGCAUCUCACUUCCGGGCUCGUGGACACUUGCCGCACAGAUUCUCAAUCUUGCAGCGCUGUGCUUGUUGCUCGGGGUGAUUUUGGGUAUGCCGCUGGCAGUACCCAGCCCCACAGUGAGACGUGAAGACAUUGGUAAAUCUGUGUCACCAGAGGACUAUACUUCACUCUGGAACUGGAUAUCCUUCCUUUGGGUAAAGCCUCUUAUCGACCGUGGAACCCACGAGACCCUCAAUGAAAGCGAUGUCUGGACCCUUAGUCCAACGAUGCAAGCGCGUCCUGUGUACACGAAGUUCAGCACUUGCAAGCGUCCAACGCUGCUGCGCACGCUCUGGGCCGCCAAUUCCCUCGACCUGACUCUCGACUUCGCCUUGACGUAUAUCAGCGUUAUAUUCAACUAUCUCGGCCCAUUCUUCUUGAAGCAGAUCCUUGACUCGCUCGACGUUCGCGAUGGCGAAGACGAGCACACGCGUGUCAAGAAGGUCUCGCAGGCAUAUAUCUACGCGUUCCUCGCCUUUCUCUGCACCAUUGGUCGCGCUGAAGCAGAUGUACAACACUUGUGGUACGGACGACGGGCGGCAACGAGAAUUAGAUCCAGCCUGAUGACCGCCAUCUACGACAAGGCUCUCAAGCGCAAAGAUUUUUCCGGUAUCGUCGACAAGGAUGCAGCAAAGAACAAGAACGCAGAUCCGAAGAAAGAAGACCCUAAGGGUGACAACCCGAAAGCGGGAGCAGACGUGGGCAAGAUUGUCAAUCUAAUGGCUGCCGAUGCAAACAGGAUUGCGAUGAUUACGUCCGGCUUGUACUUCUUGUAUGGAGCACCGUUCGAAAUCAUUAUCGCCGGCUUCUUCCUGUAUCAGCUCCUUGGUUUCUCGGCUUUCGCAGGUUUUGCCAUAAUCAUCAUCGGCUGGCCACUCAACAACUAUGUUGCGAGGCGGUCUGUCAGAAUUUACAAGGGCCUUUCAACUGCGCGUGACAAGCGUAUGGGUGUAUUAAACGAGCUCAUCUCUGCGGUCAAAUUCAUCAAAUUCUUCGCUUGGGAAGAGCGUUGGAUCAAUCGGGCCAUGGACGCACGUGAAGUUGAGAUGCAGUGGAUGGUCAAAGCUCGUAUCAACAACGUAAUGUUCUCGCUCAUCUGGAGUAUGGCACCUAUCCUUGUGUCGGUCAUGGCAUUCUUUGUGUAUGUCAUGCGUGGCAACCAGUUGACUGUCGGAACAGCGUUCACGGCUAUCGCGCUAUUUGGCAUGAUGCGUGCACCAUUGAACGUUAUUCCUUCAUGGAUCGUUCAGCUCAUGCAAACCAAGGUUGCUAUGGAUCGUAUCGCGACCUAUCUCGAUGAGGAAGAGGUCGAUGAACAGGUCUCUUCGCUCAAGAAGUCCGCAACGGUCUCCGCAACGGAGAGCUUUGGCGGCCUCGGCGUUGAGCAUGGUACCUUCAAGUGGAACGAGGUUGAGCAAAAGAAAGAAGAGCCGCCGAAGAAAACUCCGUCAAGUUCCAACAACAACAGCAACAGCAAUGGUGAAGAUGACGGUGCAACGGCAGUGGACAGCGUGUCUAUUGCUGACUUUGAGUCGGACCGCCGGUUUGAAUUGAUGGAUAUUAGCGUCAUGUUCCCCGAAGGAGAGCUUACCGUAGUCACUGGCCCAACAGCCAGCGGAAAGACCGCUCUCUUGAUGGCCCUCCUCGGCGAAAUGACUCGUCUCGAAGGACGUCUGAUCAUGUCCAAAGAUUCAUCCAAGGUCGACGAGCACGGUCACCAGCACUCCAUUUCCUACGCUGCCCAGGCACCUUGGCUCCGCCACCAGUCAAUCAAGGAUAACAUUCUGUUUGGCUAUCCUUAUGACGAGGAGCGCUACCAGGCCGUUGUCGAGUGCUGCGCCCUGAAGCCCGACCUGCAAAUCCUCGAAGACGGCGAUGCAACCGAAAUUGGCGCCCGCGGUGUCAGCCUUUCUGGAGGCCAAAAGGCGAGGGUUGCGCUAGCUCGCGCCGUUUACGCUCCUACUAAAUACGUUCUGCUGGACGAUCCACUCAGCGCUGUGGACAGUCACACCGCACGCUUCCUUUUCGAGAAGUUGUUUAAAGGCCCCCUCCUGGCACAUCGUACUGUCAUCCUCGUUACUCAUCACGUCGAACUCGUCCUCCCGGGGACAUUUUAUCUUGUCCGUAUGCUUGAUGGACGUAUCGACACCCAAGGCACUGUUAAGGAACUCCGUGCUCGAGGCAUUCUCGACGAAAUCACGCAUGACGAAGCUGUCGAGACCCACAAGGAAGAACAGGCAGCGGCGGUCGGCGAGGGAGCAGAUAAUGACCAGGCAAAAGUUGACAGCGCUGACAGUAUUGAACAGCCUGCGAAGGCAAAGUCCCCUCGCAAGCUGAUCGAAGAGGAGCACCGCGAGGCUGGAUCAGUAAAAUGGUCAAUUUAUAAGACAUACCUCAAAGCUUCAUCCUACUGGACUUGGGCUAUCCUGAUCUGCCUCAUUCUCAUAAACCAGUUGUUGGGCGUAUCCGAGAAGGUUUGGAUCAAGAUCUGGGGAGAGGCUUAUGGAAACGGCAGCAAUGUUACGAAUCCGUACAUUAUCAACUCGUUGUUGACCCCUGAGCAUGAAAUCCCUUUGGAUCACACCUACACUUCCGCUCACCUACCGCUGCACUACCACUAUGGCGCCGCUACAAUGAGACUGCCGACGAUUCACUGGCGGCGUGCGCAGGAUCAUCCCUUCUUCUACAUCGGCAUCUAUGCUGCGAUCUCCCUGGGAGCAGCGCUGGUGAACAUCACUGGUGUCAUCACACAGUAUACUGGUGCUCUUCGUGCAUCAAGACUCCUCUUCAGGAGACUAUUGACCGCAGUCGUUCGCGCAACCAUGAGGUGGCACGAUGUUACCCCCCAAGGUCGCAUGCUCAACCGUUUCAGUAAAGAUGUUGAAACAGUAGAUACUUCCCUGGCCUCUUCCCUGCAGCAAGUCAACCAAUCUUUGGCAAACUUUGCGGCGUCCGUUGUCACAGUCAUCUUUAUCUUCCCCUUGUUCAUCAUUCCCGCCUCCGUCUUUGGAUACUUCUACCGGAGGCUUGCUAUUGGUUACCUCAAUACCGGCCGAGAUCUGCGCAGAAUGGAGUCUAACACUCGUAGUCCUAUCUUCGCGAACUUCGGGGAGCUCCUCGAAGGUAUCGUCACUGUUCGAGCUUUCUCUGCCGAGAAACGUUUCUUGGAGUUUCAUACUAGCAAAAUUGACCUGACAACGAAGAUGUGGUACUCGUUUUGGAUGACAAACCGUUGGCUCUUGCUGCAGUUUGAUACACUCGGCGCUCUAGCGGUUCUGACGACAACCUUGUUUGCGCUGUCCGGCUAUGUCGACGCCGGUCUUGCUGGUGUCUGCAUCACCUCUGCUAUGGCGUUCACGAACAGCGUGUACUGGGCCUGCCGAUUCUGGACUGCUCUCGAGCUAGAUCUGAACUCUGUAGAACGUGUUGUCGAGUAUCUAGACCUUCCGCAAGAGCCCGCUUUCGUUGUUGAGAAUAGCCGUCCGCCAGCAUACUGGCCGUCCUCCACAGGUCCCAAUAGCGACGAACUAAUCUCCGUCGAAAAUUUGCACGUCAAGUAUGCUGUAGACCUGCCGGAUGUACUGCGCGGCAUUUCGUUCAAGCUCAAGGCCAAGGAGCGUAUCGGUCUACUUGGACGUACAGGUAGCGGGAAGAGUACCUUAGCGAUGAGUAUUCUCCGCUUUGUGGACCCGGCCCAAGGCAGUAUUGUUAUUGACGGUAUCGACAUCUCGACCAUUGGUCUACACGACCUGCGAUCCAGAAUUACAUUCAUUCCCCAAGACGCGACCCUGUUCUCAGGGACUCUCCGUGAUAACCUGGACCCCUUUGGCGAGCACGACGACAGCGAAUGUCUGGAUGUUCUGUACCGCGUACAAAUGCUGACUGAAAAUCAGCUCGCAUCUCAGCGCACUUCUCGAGAGCCCUCGCGCCCAGCUUCCAUCCGAGGGGUAGAGCGCGACGAGACAGCGAGCACUGGCACUGGAACACCGACCAGCACUGAGGUUGAUACCAAAGCUCCGGUCAAUCUUGAAACCCAGGUGUCACCGGGUGGUGCGAACUUUUCGCAAGGACAGCGACAGUUGAUCGCCAUGGCGCGGGCAUUGCUGCGCCGAAGUGCCAUUAUUGUGCUCGACGAAGCAACCUCCAGCAUUGAUUUUGCUACUGACGCGAAGAUCCAAAAGACGAUCAGAGAAGAGUUCAACGACUCUCUCCUUCUGACAGGCAUGUCUAAUCUCACUCUUUACUUCUUUCGUGCUAAAUGUGUCACACUAGUUGCUCAUCGCCUGAGGACGGUCAUCGACUACGACCGUCUUAUUGUGCUCGACAAAGGCGAACUGGUUGAAUUUGACACGCCGUGGAACCUGAUUCAGAAGGAAGGUGGCAUCUUCCGUAGCAUGUGUCUGAAGAGUGGCACGUUCACAGAGCUAGAGGCUGCUGCUAAGGAGAAGGCGACGUCUGCAGACAAAUCUGCAUGAACAAGGUCUUUUGGUCGCAUGUUUAUAAUCUUUAUCUUGUCAUCGUGGCGGUCAUCGUUAGACACUAUUUAUCUUAUAUUGUCAGAAUGCCGAGAUGCU